GGCGGCGGCGGAGGCGGCGGCUCCGCCGGGCUGAGGAGCGGACGCGGGGAGGCGGCUCGGGAACGCGCUGCGGGAACGCGACACAAUGAGGCGAGUGGUACGACAGAGCAAAUUUCGGCACGUGUUUGGCCAAGCGGUGAAAAACGAUCAGUGUUACGACGACAUCCGCGUGUCCCGCGUUACUUGGGAUAGCUCCUUUUGUGCCGUAAACCCCCGGUUUGUUGCAAUAAUUGUAGAUGCUAGCGGUGGCGGAGCCUUCCUGGUGCUGCCCUUGCACAAGACAGGCAGAAUUGACAAGUCCUACCCGACAGUGUGUGGCCACACGGGACCGGUGCUGGACAUUGACUGGUGUCCUCACAACGACCAGGUCAUCGCCAGUGGCUCUGAGGACUGCACUGUGAUGGUGUGGCAGAUUCCCGAGAACGGACUCACCCUGUCCCUGACAGAGCCAGUGGUGGUGUUAGAAGGGCAUUCCAAGAGAGUGGGGAUCGUGGCCUGGCACCCGACAGCACGCAACGUGCUGCUCAGUGCAGGUUGUGAUAAUGCAAUCAUCAUCUGGAAUGUGGGAACAGGUGAAGCCCUCAUAAACCUGGAUGACAUGCACGUGGAUAUGAUUUACAAUGUGAGCUGGAAUCGCAAUGGCAGCCUCAUCUGUACAGCUUCCAAAGACAAAAAAGUUCGAGUUAUCGACCCCAGGAAACAAGAAAUUGUUGCUGAGAAAGAGAAGACCCACGAGGGAGCCCGGCCCAUGCGCGCCAUUUUCCUGGCCGACGGAAACAUCUUCACAACUGGCUUCAGCCGCAUGAGCGAACGGCAGCUGGCCCUGUGGAAUCCUAAAAACAUGGAGGAGCCAAUAGCUCUUCAUGAGAUGGACACAAGCAAUGGGGUCCUGCUGCCAUUCUACGACCCAGACACCAACAUUAUUUACUUAUGUGGCAAGGGUGACAGCAGCAUUCGCUACUUUGAGAUCACGGACGAGUCCCCCUACGUUCACUACCUCAACACCUUCAGCAGCAAGGAGCCGCAGAGGGGCAUGGGGUUCAUGCCCAAGAGGGGCCUGGAUGUCAACAAGUGUGAGAUUGCCAGGUUCUUCAAGCUUCACGAGAGGAAGUGUGAGCCCAUCAUCAUGACAGUUCCUCGCAAGUCGGACCUCUUCCAGGAUGACCUGUACCCUGAUACGGCUGGCCCAGAAGCUGCUCUGGAAGCAGAGGAGUGGUUUGAGGGGAAGAAUGCAGAUCCCCUUCUCAUCUCCUUGAAGCACGGGUACAUUCCAGGCAAGAACAGGGAUCUCAAGGUGGUCAAGAAGAACAUACUGGACAACAAGCCUGCCGCGAACAAGAAAAGUGAUCUCAUAAAUGCUCCAAAGAAAGCAGCUGAUGCCUCAAACUCUCAAAACGAAGCCAAAUUGGAUGAGAUUUUGAAAGAGCUGAAAUCUAUAAAAGACACGAUCACCAACCAAGACGAGCGCAUUUCCAAGCUGGAGCAGCAGAUGGCAAAGAUCGCGGACUGAGCGGGGCGAGCGGCGCUGGCCCCGCCGGCCCAGGCACAUUCCAGUUCCCAGUUUGGCCAGCAGCAGCCUGCAGCAUUCCAGUACUGAGCUUUCCUGUUCUCCUAAAUUCCACAUCAACGAGAGCCUGAUGAUUAAAAGCCAAGCUUUUUAGUGAAAGAUUUUUUUUUCUCCCCCCUCCGAUGUUUUAUUGAAUUGAUGUGACUGUGUCAACCAAGUCAGAAAGAAUAAGUGCUACUUUUACAGGCUUCUUUUUCCCCAGAUGUUACAAAUUCUUGAAAACAAAUCCAUUCUGACUUUCAGUGUUGUGCCCAAAUAUCUUUUCGAGAUGUAGGGACCAAUGCCACAUUGUUCUUAACCUUUUUUUUUUUUAAAGUUGCCAAAAAAACCCCACAAAACAAAACAAGUUGCUUUUUAUUUUUCUUAUUUGCCACUUUUGCAGUAUUUGUGUGUUCAGCUGAAAGGGACAGCACUGGGUGUGUGUGGGUGUGUGUGGGUGCUGGGUGUCUGUACAGUUCAGAGGACAAAACUGAAGCUAUUUUGUGUCAGUCUUCAAAUUUGAACAAUCAGGUUGGUUUCCUUUGUGGCCGAGGCUGCUGCUGAGACCUCUCAGAGAUGGUUCAGGCUGCCUUUCCUUCCUCCCUCACAUGUCCCCAUCAUGUUUAAGGAAAAAAAAAAAGCAGCUGUGGAGGGAGGUGAUUCAUGCCACAAAAUGCCUCUUCUCCUUUUUACACCCUGCACGACUUUUAAACUAGCCUCAUGCUGACCUUUUUAAAGUCAUCCCAUGGUUUUGCUUCCUCUGCCCAUGUCCGAAAGGACAUGUUUUAUCUGACAGGUUUUGUUUUUUUCCUUUGAGGCAGAAGUUUCUUUCAUGCAGGAAACGUUUUUGGGUUUCCUCCCUGGAGUGGAGUGGCAAGAGUGCCCUGGGAGAGGGGAGCCGUGGGACAUGGCAGUCCCCAGGUGCUCUGUGGUGUCCAUUGGGCUGUUCUGCCUGGCUGUAAAUAUUGUUGACUGCACCACCACGCUCUUCAGCUCCUUGACUUCCAGAAGCUUUCAGAACCCUGCAACCUUGCACUUCUCUGGCCCCCCCACCUUAGUGCUGAUGGUAGAAAUUUAGGCUCUGCUUCCAAAACAGCAUUAGCAGUAGUUAGGUGACUUUACCAUGAUGGGUCUCCAGAAACAAAAUGCCUCUGCUCUUUUUUUAUCAUUAUUUUUUCUCUCUCUCCAUCAUUCCUGCCUCACCACCCCACCAUGCUGUAAAACUUUGCAGGAAAAUCUUUGUUCCCAGAGGAGAUAAGUGACCCCCAGACCCCCUGUGCUCCCAGGCCUUUGGAGUGGAAGCAACUGGGGAGGGUGGUUUUGAUCCCAGUUUGGAGAGCUGGUUUCUCACAUGGUCCUUUGAGGUCCUCGAGGGAGAGUCCCCAUGAGCACACCAGGCCUGCAAGCUCCUCCUGGGAUUUCUUGGAUGCCCCAGCUCAGCAGAGCUCUGCUCAGGUGGGGUCUCCCCUGCGAGGGGGGCUGCCUGGGAUGGGGAUGACGUGGGUCUGGGGUGCUGAGAGGGAUCUGCUGAGGAACCUCAACAGCUGUCCCAGCCCGGGAUGGAUCCCAGGAUCCCUGAAGGAGCUCACCACAUUCCCAGCCUGUGUGCUCGUGUGUGUGCUUGGGAGCCACCACUCCAGAGCAGUGUCCCUGCCCGGCCAUCCCGGUGGCUGUCCUUUCAUCCAGGCUGAAGUGAUCUUUUUUAAUUUUUUUUUCCCUUAGGUUAGCUAGAAAUCCUCAAAUUCUCAUUUAUUUUUUUUUUUUCCCCAGUGUUUGGAUGUUCAGAACUUACAGGUUAGGGAUUCUCUGUUCUAGAGGGAUGUCUGAGUGUGUUGGGAUGGCGUGGGUGAUGUAGCUGGAGAGACUGGAGGACGGGAUGCCAGGAGACAGAGGAUGUGAUGUCAUUGCAGAGCAUGAAAGCUUCAGAAAAGUGGAUUUUUGUUAAGUGACGAGGACAACAGGAGGGACGAGCCUGUCCCCUGCCCUGCCUGGGCACUGGUGCUGGAUUCACAGUUCAGACACUCCGGGUUCUAUUGGAUGUUUGGUGCCGUUGUUGUGUUGCAGUACAUGGCUGAGCUGAUGUGUAGUUUUCUUUUUCUUUCGUUUUGGAGAACAAAGCCAAACGUCGUGCUCCCCCAAACGGUGAUCUCGGUGUCCAUUUGUACCUGUGACUUCAGGGUUGUGUGCUCGGGGACCUUUUGUGUUUUGUUUUGGUUUUUUUUUUUCUAAUUGGAGGGAAAUAAGUUUUCAGAGACGCUGGAUUGAAAUGCCCAGAGGAGGUGGGUGUGUGGAGGGCGGAGGAAAGGCCCGCCCUGGUUUUUUAGUGAAUUGCUUGUGUUUUAUUUAAAUGAACUGAUGCCUAGCCAGGCUCAACCGGAGUCAGUGCCUGAAGCUUUUUGUAGCCGUGAUAUCCCAGAAGAGAACCAGCCAAGUCCGGAGAGUUGCGCUCUUAUAGAGCGGCCAUAGUACCUGUCCAAAUAUUUGCUUCCAUUUUCAAAAGAUAAAAAAGUCGUUGAUUAUAAAA